UGUUACCGUUUUUAAGAGAAUUCAAUUGCUAAAGUAUAAACUGUUUUUAAUUUUAAAGAUUUAAGUAAUUAGAUAAAUUUAUAAGAAUUUAUACGCAAACACAUAUAAGCACUUAUUUUAAAAAUGAAAUCUUCAGCAAAGCUAUUUUUAGUUUUGCUCAUUACAGUGUGUUUAAUAAGAGCAGUUCCAAUGCUUAGAAAAUACAAAAAAUAACAAUAGCACUUAACUCCAGAAUUUUAAAAGAAUUAGUAAUUGCAAAUUUUAUUAUAAGAUCCUUAUGAUCAUUUUGCUGAAGAGUUAGCAUAAAAUCCUUUUGCAAAGAGACCAUUCGAUAAUUAAAAAGAAAAAAGAACCUUUGAAGAAAAUAAAUUGCCUAUUUUUGUACCACCUGGAUAAGAAAAAGCUUUUGAAACAGUAGAUUAAACAAAUUAACAAAAUGUUAUUGAAGGAGAUACAAACGAUACAGAAAAUGAUGUUAUAGGGAAUUAAACUUACGAUGAAGAGAAUGGUUAAACAGCUGAUAGUUAAAAUCAAUAAGAAUUAAAUAAUAUUUUAUCAGGAUCUGAUCUUACCGAAUAAGCUGUUAGUGAUACUACAUAAGGUGGAAACAGUUAGGCUUAAUAAGGCAUUGGUUCUGGUGAUAAUUAAGAUUAAAAUUCAGCUUUUGGAGGAGAUCCUAAUUUAUCUUAAUAAGAAAGCUAGCAAAGUACAAUAUAGCAUCAUGAAAAUGAAAUUCCAACAGAAAAUACAAAUACCUAAUAAACAGAAGUAGUUGAAGAAGCAGACACUUUUCUUACUGGAAGUGAUUUAGUAAAUGAUUCUAUUAAUGAUAAAGUAUUAGGAGAAAGUGAUUUUUCUGGUAGUUCAGUAGGGUCAGGAGACUUUAAUUUUCCAAACUAAGCUUUUAAAGGAGAUGAUUCAAUUACAUAAACAGAUGCAGCUGAGAGUUAAAUCUAACAUGAAUAAAAUGGUAUUCCAGUAGAAACCGAUUUAUCUGUAAGCAAUAAUGUAUAGAGUUCGUAGAAUUAAUAGAUGCUAUUUGCUCAAUCAGAAGGAAAUCCAAAUUUCAAUGGAGAAUAAGCUCAUGAAAAAGAAUCUUUCCUUAAUGGAGGGAUAGCUGUAUAAAAUAUUGUUACUAAAUUAUCAGAUGAAGAAAAAUAACUUUAGUAAGAUGAAAUCGAUUUAGAAAAAAAUGCAUUUGAUUGA